AUGCUGCUAGGACUUGAUCCAUACAGUUGGGUUGACCUUCUGACUAUCAAGCUUAUCUGCCCCCUAUCUCUGCCCCCUUAUCCUUACCCUUAUCUGCCCCGUAAAACUUCAAAAAAAUUCUUUUCAGCACAUAUUCUAACAUUUAUUCGAGAUCGCCAAACUCACAAGGAUCGCCAAGUUUUGGUCUCUUCAGCUGAUGGAACUGCCGAUAUUAAAUUAAAUGCAGAAAAUGAUAAAUUUGGAGGGGAUUUGAAGUUAAAAAAAUUGCUAGUCCGUUUACAUCGUUCAGCUAUUCAAAUUGAACCAGAAAGUAUUUCACAAUUAGCUCCUUUAGCAAAGAUGUUUCUUGGCCCAGAAUUGGCUAAAGCAUUGAAACAAGGAUUGCCUUUUCCGUUAAAAGAUUCUAUGAAAUUCAUUAACCCAAAAUUAACACUUCAUGAUGGCUAUGUUCGUCUAGCCUCUGAUUUUGAGUUAAAUGAACAAACUUUGCGAUUGAGAAUGACAGAGGCUUUUGAGAGAAUUAAAGCAGAAUCCGCAAAUAAUAUUGGGGGAUAA